AUGUCGACACCACCAUCACUUGAAAGUUUGAACGCAGCAAUCAGUGUCCUAGCACAACAAGUGACACAACUAAAUAUCCAAGUUAACCCAACGCCGGAAGCUAAUUUCGCGCCAUUCGAAAUUAGAAACCCCACGACGGGGCACAUUGCUCAGGUGUCGCACGAGGAUCCGUUGGCUCUUCUAAAAACUAUAAACGACUACGAUGGAAACCCGAAUCUCCUUAACCAUUGGCUGAAUAAAGCGAGGAGGAUCAACCAAAUUUUUUUUCCAACGGAUUCGGAUACUCAACAAAAACAGGGUCAUUAUUACACAUUUCUGCUUGGACUAGAAUCCAAAAUUAUUGGACCUGCACAGGAAGUGCUUGCAAAAAAUAAUUACGAAGCAAAUUUCUCACUAAUGGAGAAGUUACUUAUUGAGGCGUUCGGUGAAAAAAAGAAAAUUGAGCAUUUAUUAUAUGAGAUUAUUACAGCGGAGCAACAUGGAAAAAGUAAUCACGAAUUUUAUGAAUACAUUACGACUCGACUAAACCAACUUAUAUCUUCUACAAUUCUGAAAUACGGCAAUCAAAAUGCAAAUCCAUUAAUUGAACAAUACAAAAUGCAAGCUGUAUCGGCAUAUCUUCGUGGAUUAAAUGGCAUAAAUGGAUUAAUUAUUACUGGGUAUGACCCGAAGACACUUGAAGAAGCAUAUCAUCAUUACCAGCAAGAAAUUAUCAAAGAAGAUCAUCCAACCAACCGAAUAACAAUUUUCAACAACAAAGACAAGAUCAAAGAUUUCAGUAUCAACAACAAGGUACUUUAUACCAACAACGACAACACCAACGAGAUUUCCAACCGUUUCAAAGACAACAACACAGUUUUGAGCUACAAGAAUUUCAACAAUUUCAAAGACAACAACGAAGUUUUGAGCAACGAGAAUUUCAACCAUUUCAAAGACAACGAGGUUUUGAACAACGAGAAUUUCAACCAUUUCAAAGACAACAACGAGGUUUUGAACAACGAGAAUUUCAACCACAUCAACUGCGAGAUUUACAACAAUUACAACAACAACGAGAAGUCCAACCAUUCCAACAACAGCAACAUGAGAACCAACAGUUCCAGCAACAACUUCAGCGUGAUCGAGAGCUAA